CCGGAUACCAAUCUGCGACAGCAACAUACAAUGUACAACUGGGUACUUCUAGCUAGUCUUCAUUCAUCGUACCCAGCCCCAGGUGCCGUAAGGACAGGGAGAUGCUGAGGAUGAUCGCGGCCGUGGCCCCCCUAACUCCUGGAGUUGGGCAACUACCUGGGGCAGGUCGGGAACCCGGGGCUUCCUGGGGCUCCUGAGGCGGGGGACCAGAGACCUCCACCACGUCAUCGGUCGCCCUCGCCGAGGGCUUCGCCGCUGCCGAGGCGCCCCCCCUCCGCGCCGGCCACUUUCUGCCACAGAUGGGGGACGAUGGAGACGAGCCAUCUUGCCCGCCGAGCCGGAGGGGCCCGCGGAGUCGCGCCGGGCCACCUUAUACUCCCCUGGCGCCGGGGCCGGAGGGGCCCCCCUACUUUUGCCUCGGACUCUGAACGCUUCGCCGGGAGCUUCGGGAACUUCGGGAACCUCCUCUUCGUCCUCGGCGUCGUCAUCGUCGUCGGCGGCGAGCGCGUCGGGGUCCUCGGCCUCCUCGCCGUCCUCGUCGCGCGGGCGAUCGAGGACGAGGUCCCGCUUCCCGCUUGGGCCUCCCCGCGCGGCCGCCCCCGCUGAUCCUGCGCUGCCCCAGCCGCCGCCCUACUGGGCCUACGUACAUGACAGAAAUACCCGCAGAGUAAUGCAGUGCAUCCUCUACGGGAUUAUAAUCAAUAGCCAUGUCAAAAGGCAUUUUCAGAGAAGACAUGCCCCCACAGGGGGUAUGAGGCUGCGGGCCCCUACCCCCGGGGCUACUACAUACUAGUGAUGAGCCGGCUAUCCACGUGCCCCCCGGAGGCCCGGUGUCGGUGGUCCCCCGGAGGCAUUUUUCCGGUGUCGGUGGUCCGCGUUCCGGGGACCGCUUAUUAGGAGUGAACCCGAAAAUUUCACAAGUCCUCAUGUCUGGUGAACCUAAGGACCUAAAUGACGCAUUUAAUUGAUAUAUAAACUGACAAUAUUUUCAAAAUUAUAUGUAUGACCGUUUGUUUCUAAUAAAUAAAUAAAUAAAUAAAAUAAAUAAAUUUAAUAUAUCAUUAGAGGAAGAAAAAUUAUCAUUAUUAGAAUCUAGCAAACCAUAUGAACAACGGCGUAGAUACUGAGACAUACAGCCACAUUCUGUAACAACCACAACUAAUACUAGUAUCAAUAGAAAUACAAAUCCGCGUGCUUAAUAUUAAUAAGAUUUACCGGCUUGGUAAAACUGCCGGAAGAGCUAAUGGUUAAAGAAUAUAUUUGAGCUGUUCACAUUUUACCGGAUCCAGCAAAAAUACCGAGCUUUUGGUAUUUUCGGGUAUUGGCCGAGCGUUUUGUCACUGCGAAGCGCCGGUAGAACACCCGGACCGGAGUAAUGUGAACCAGUUUUCCCGGAUCUAUGUUCCCCGCUCACCCCGCCCGUGCUCCCCUCACGUCAUUCGGCUCGAAUUUUUUGAUAACAGUAGACGUGUAUAUUGGACAUUCAAGCAGAAAUUUUAGUUACGCUUGUCCAAGAGAGACCUGUUCUGUGGGAUAAGACCGAAGAAGUCUAUAAAGACAAAAACUUAAAAUGAGCAGCAUGGCGUGAAGUAUGUUUAACUUCGACGAACUGGAAGAAAAAGAAAGAAACAAGUACGGUAAGUUUUUAAUUUAUUUAUUGAUAAAAUGUAAGUAAAUGCAUUCACAAAUAUAAUUUUGUAGCUGCUGCUUGCCACGGAACGGAAUCAAUAUCCGAAACAAAAUUAUUAGUAAAUGCUGUCCGUAUAGCGUUGGCAUUAGGCCCACCUCGACUCGACCAUUUCAAUUCAAGAGUCUCGUUUAUUGUUCUUGUCUAUGUUCUAUAUUUUGGUAACUCCCAAAAUUUAUACCGUCAUUUCCCUAACAACAACGGUUGUAUUACCGUAUUUAAGAAAUAAAGACGGGAAAAAAUGCCUUAUCGGCGAUAAUUUAUCCUCUCAUUUGUCGCUCGAUGUCAUCAAAUUUUCGUCCAAUGAAAAUUGCUUGGCGGAAUAUUUUGGUGAGAUGGAAGAAAACAGUAGCAAUAUAUUAAGUGCAGUUCCCAAAGGAAGUUUCCCGCAACUAUUAAAAAAACUUAUCGAAGAGCUCGAUGACAAUGCAACGUCUAAUAUUUUGGCAGACUUAAGAAAAACAGGCAUAUGGCCCCUUGAUCAAAAUCAAGUUUUAAGUAGACUACCGCAAGAAAACUUAUUACAAUGCAUUUGUUGCAGGUGAUAGUGGUUAUGCAUUGAGGCCAUGGAUGUUGACUCCAUUAUCUAACCCUGAUGAAGGCACCUCAGAACAUAGUUACAAUGAGGCACUCAAAACAACUCGCACUACAGUGGAAAGACUGAAUGGUGUUUUAAAAGCCAGAUUUCGCUGCCUUUUAAAAGAUAGGGUUCUGCACUACCAACCCUCUACGGCCACAAAAAUUAUAAAUGCCUGCACAGUGCUGCAUAACAUGUGCAUGGCCAAUAACAUAGACCUCCUAGAAGUAGAUGAGGGUGAUGAAAUUCUGGGAAACGUUGACGUUGCCCGGCUUAUUUCUUUGACACCGAGAGAGAACUAUUAUUUAUCUUUGAGGCGGGCUAAACAAGAUUUUAUAAUAAAUAAUUAUUUUUUAUAAAUAAACAAUUCUUUUAUUAAAAACAAUAAACUAUACCUACUCUGAGGAUAAGAACAAUUAAAAAAAUAAAAGUUUAAAGAAAUUCGAAGCGGACCAAGCAGCAGCAGACGGGACUCGAACCUGCACCCUUCGCUAUCCGGGCGAAUGCAAUGACCAAUUAUGCUACCGCUAAUAAUUCUUCUAGCAAUUCUUAAGCUGCAAGGCAGCGCCAUUUCUUCGCAUUGUAGGUAACCGACAAUAUUAAACGAAUAGUUUUACAUUUGAAAGAAGAAAUAGCAAUUAUAAUGUUUAUUUUUUUUUAACUUUAAGAGAACAUCCCAAUUUUAACAACAAAACUUCAUUUAAUCGAAAAUGUCACAAAAAUACCUACAACGGGACAUGUCACAUACUUCACCUGAACACGACAUUGCGGCGUCCUCCACCCGACUAGAGGAACUACCAGGGACCCCUCCUAUAGCACCAAGGCGCCACAAGCGCAAGUCCCCGAACGCCACUAUACCACCCAAAACACCCUCUGAACAACAGGACACUCCCACAACACCCACCAUGAGCAGCCCAACAAAAACACCGGAGGCUGCUUCCACACCAAUACAACCACAAACACAUCCAACAGCAUACACCAGCACACAACCAAACACGCAAACCACAAACACACCAAAUCGCAAACACCAGCACACAACCCGACACCCAGCCAGAUACCCACAAAACAGAUGAGGAAAACAAACAUCACACAGAACACAAAACGAUGCCACAGCCGAAAAAGAACAAACCAUUACUAAUUAAGAUCAUGAAGUAAAAACAAACCCAAAGAGGUCCCACCGAACUAGGCAAAACGGUGGCGAGGGAACAGCUCCUCAACAUGAAAACCAACUCAGGUAGCCUCCGCAGAAGGGGCGUCCAUUAGGAGCGCACAGAUAGCAGCACGUAAAACCGACAUGGACGACCUACAGCCGCUCGCAAAUGUGUCGCUCCGGGACGUCACAAUCCCUUUAUCAGAAGCCCUUGAGAAGCUGCUCCACUCUGCCCCCCCCCCCCCCCCUCCCAAGUGUGGACCUCGAUCAUUACCAAUCACAAGACUCACAAGCGGAUCACACACCUACUAUAGUAACAACACCCCCAGCCACUGUCAACCCAGACCAGAAAAUAACCAUGACUCAACCUUUGAUGAGAACUUCAAGAUACCAUCAAUCAACUUCUCCAUAAAUAAUAUAGUUAACAAAAAGCCAUACAGAUAUAACCAAUCUACUCUGAAGCUAUACGAGGAUGAGAAAAGACUACGGGAAGUGGAUGAGAAACUUAAGGUUCUUCGCGCUCAGGAGAUUCUCUUGCCGGCGACCAUCAGUACGCAUGACGUGCACCAAUAUGCCACAUGCUACUCUCUGCUGAAAAUUGGCAUCAUAAUCACCACUUCUGACACAUCGGUGGAUGCAAUAAGGAAGCAGCUACGCCAAGUAUUUAAGCUGACGAGACGCGGAAGCAAGGAAGAUGAGAGUAGUUCAGAUGAAUUAGUUGAUAAAGAGGGAACUCCCAAGUGUAAGAAAACUAGUGAGAAGGAUGUGGGGGCGCAAGUGACGGAUGAAUAUGAGUUACCUAUCUCGAAAACGGGGAAUAAUACAAAGAAAGAAAAAAAAGAAGUGAUUCUUGGUUUAGAAGUAACAAAGCCAAUUUUAACUCCUACUCAAGACUUAUUGUUUCACCUGAGAGAGGACUUUGAUAUUCAUGAUUUAGACUAUCGACUUAAAAACGAAAUUAGACAACGCACCCAAGCUAGACAAGAGACCAUAAAUCCUAUUAAUUCCUUAUCGAUGAAAAACGGAUUAGAAGAUUACGAUAACUUAACAACUUGUCAAAAGCAAAUUAUUAAUAAGUUAAUUGAUAAAGAUUUGAUUAAUAUGGAAAAGAUUGACUGUACUAAUCCCAGCGAUCGACGGUGCAUUCUACGCAGAGCGGCGUUAUUACAAUUAUUGUACUUCGACUCGACUCAGCGGCGGCCGCGCGGGUCACGUGGCCACCUAGAGCGGCGAGCAAGACACUACAAUUUGAAUCAAAAAGAUAACACCAGUUCUUCUGACACCAAAGCAUGCAAUUCUCCUACUAAAUGUGAAACUAUCGCAACACCAGUAAAUGAUCAAAACUUUGGGGAGUCCAUGAAAAGUAUUAUAAGUGGCCAGGAUAAUGUAAACACAAUAUUUGACCAGAAUAUAGACUUGGAUAAUAUUGAAAAUAUUGACAUUCACAAUCUACAAGUCGUAGAAAAAGUUGGUAAUGACUUCUUUGAUUUGCAACAUAAUAAUUUACCACCUGAAUUUGCUACAGUGACCAUCGAGUAUCCUCCGCCUUCUGCAUUGAAUGUAGCCAAUAUCUCGGUAGAAAGUAAGAAUGUUGUACAAGAACUAGGAAAUAUUGACAUCGAAGCUUUUCCUACGAGUACUCAAGACCCAGUUUCGGAUAUAGUAAUUAAUACAGAUACAGAUAUAACAGAUGAGAAUAAAACAACCCAAAACAAUAUCCAGCAAUCCAGUGUCUCUGCUACUCCAUCAUGUUCUUCAAAAGUGGUCAUACUCAGUAACGUUACUUAUCACGGUGAUUUGUUAAGUCAUAAAAAACGACAGAACAAGGCGUCAAAAGAUCCAAAUAAAUAUAAACGCAAUAUAAAUAAAGAGUUACGGAUGAAAGGUGAAAAUUAUUUAGGAUACAGAAGAGAUAGAAAAGCAAAGAUUAAUGAAACAUUUAAAGUGAAACAAGACGUAUUCAAGCCUGCAAGAUCCAUGAAACCACCGUGCACUUCUGCGUUUUGCAAGAAAUCCAAACUCAGGUCAUGUGACAACAUAAACGAGCAACAGCGAAAAUAUUUGUUUGAAAAUUUCUGGAAGAACAUGAACUGGGAGCAGCGAAGAUCAUUUAUAACUUCUCACGUUAACAAAGUACCAAAAAAAGUUACAAAAAAUCCAGAAUCAUCCAAAAGAACUGAAAGUCGAACUUACGUUUUGACCAUUGAUAAUGUACGUCACCAAGUCUGCAAAAAAAUGUUCUUGGCCACUCUUGGAAUUAAAAAUUGGUUUGUAAGAUAUUGGUUGACAAAAACCGAUUGUGCUAUGCCUCCCGAUGUAUCUACUUCAACCAGUAAUCGCAGAAAUCCAGGGAAAAUUGAAGAGCACAAACACGUUGAAAAGUUUUUAGCAGAUCUUCCAAAGAUGCCGUCACAUUACUGUCGUGCUAAAACAUCACGAGAAUAUUUAGAGCCAAUUUUCUCGAACAUGACACAGCUCUAUUACGCAUAUAAAGAUAAUUGUGAAUUAGAGGGAAGAGAAUGCCUUGGCCGUAAAUUAUUUGACAAAUUAUUUUUGAAACUCAAUCUGAGCCUAUUCCACCCAAAGAAAGAUCAAUGCGACGUUUGUUGCAGUCAUAAAACUGGAAACAUUACUGAUGAAGAAUACGCUCAACAUGUUCUAAAGAAAGAUCGAGCCAGGAAAGAGAAAGAUACUGACAAAGGAAUUGCACAGUCCGGAGCUUGUCACGUCUUCACACAGGAUGUUGAAUCGGUAAAAUUGGCCCCGUAUCUUCAAGCUAGUGCAAUUUAUUACAAGACUAAAUUAUGCGUUCAUAAUUUUACAUUAUACAAUAUAGCAACUAAGGAAGUAAUGUGUUAUUGGUUCGAUGAGGCAAAUAGUACGCUUGAAGCCUCUGUUUUUGCUUCAUGCUUAGUAGACCAUCUAGAGAAGGUUUUGAGUCGGAAAUUAUUGCCUGUGGUUUUAUAUUCCGAUGGUUGUUGUGCUCAAAAUCGCAAUGUUACCUUAAGCAAUGCUUUAUUACGUUUAGCGAUUGAAAAAAAUACUGUGAUUACUCAAAAGUACCUGGAAAAAGGCCAUACUCACAUGGAAUGUGAUUCGGUACAUAGUGCCAUAGAAUGUAAAUUAAAAGGUAAAGAAAUUUACCUUCCACAACAAUACAUGGCUAUAAGUAAAACUGCUAGGAGUGAUCCUAUGCCUUAUGAAGCUCGUUAUUUAGAUUAUACUUUUUUUACAGACUUUUCGAAAGAAUUAAUUUAUAAAUCUAUAAGGCCUGGUAAAAAAGCAGGUGACCCUGUCGUCACAGAUUUACGUAUGCUAGAAUACAGACCAAAUGGCACAAUUUGGUAUAAAGUUAGUUUUGAUGACGAGCUUCACCCGUUACCACAUCGUCCCACGCCAAUUAACAGAAUUAAGCAAAUCAAUAGCUUGCAAAAAUUGUACGCAGCUCGAAUACCAAUUACAAAGCGGAAAUAUCAAGAUUUGCAAGACCUAAAAAGUGUAGUGCCAUCUAAUUGCCAUUCUUUUUAUGAUGACCUUCCGCACAGCAAUCACUAAAGACUGCAACUAAACUAAAGACUAGAGAUUUUGAGUAUUCUUUAUUAUUUCUAUUAUUUUAUUAAUACUAUUAUAUCUUAUUUCUUUGGAGUUUAUUAAAGACUAAGUAAACUAAGAUUAAUAUUUCAAAUAUUUACCUACUUUAAGCAAUUGAUCUCAACAAUGUGAUUCUUAAAAUUUUAAGUUAAUAAGUAUACCUAUGCUAUGUUAUAAAAGAAUGUUAAUUUUCUUGAAAUAUUUCUUAAUAAAAUCUUUUAUUUGCAAAUCAUCUGUUAAUACCUUAAUCCCUAACAUUUUCACAAACAACACCGCCCAAAUCUAAUAAAAUAACAGUCCACACCGCUCAAGUCAUAAAAUAAAUGUUGAAAUUAAGUAAAUCGUCAAAAUAAGUAUAAUAAAUUAUUUCUUAACCACUAACUAGAGAAUGUAUUAAGUAGCAAUAGAAAAAAACCACAGAUUUUUUAAAAUAGACAGUUUUUUUCGUCUCCUGUAAAGUUGGUGAAAUUGACUUAGGCGGUGUUGUAAGCUAAGGGACGAUAUUUGUUAGGAAGUUCGACGCGAACUUGUAGUUAAUACUAUUAAUUUAAACGGUCGAAGCGGCAUUCAAUUUGUUUGUUUUAACAUUUCCUAGUUAUUGUUAUUAUAGUUUCUAA